AAACUACAUGUGAAGGAGCAGCUAGGCGCUGUGAAAUAACCGCUGAGUGCCGACAGCUGACUCAGCGCUGAGUGCUAACUUGUUUAAAUUCAGUAUUCGCGCGGUAAACUGCGCGGGUGGACGUACGUUUGUCGGUCAUGCGAGAGUCGGCUAGCAGGAUGGCCGAACUCGAAUUCGAGGCGCCGCUUGCCCAAAUCGAAGACGCUGAUGAUUGUCUUUCUACUGCCGACUUUCCGCAGAAGACCAUCAACGGCAAUGACAUACGUCUAAACAAUAUUAAGAAUCUCAAAAGUGGAAUUGUCAAAAUGAAAACUGACUCCAACAAAAUAAACGAUAAUGACGAACCCAAACCGGUGAAGUGUAAACAGGAUACUCUGCAAAACGGCGAGGGAGAUAAUUUCACUGAGACUUUCUCUGGCUCUCUGGAAGAUUUAGUUAACACCUUUGACGAGAAAAUAACAAAAUGCUUCGGAAAUUAUGAGGAGAGUGUGGAAAAACUGGCGCCGGUGCAGGUUCGCUCGCAGGAGGAAAUUAUGAACGAGUGCCAGAUGUGGUGGACUAUUACUGGGAAUUUUGGAAACAUCCUGCCGAUAGAUUGGACCAAGUCCUUUUCACGGAAAAUGCACAUUCCAACAUUAAAUCUAAGUGAUAAGAAGAGCACCAUGACGCCGGACGAUGAGAUCCAUAGUUCCGAAGAUGAGGCAGUGGCUUCAGAUCUGGACAUGCACGCGCUUAUCCUGGGCGGCCUGCAUCAGGACCAUGAGUGUCCCGUUAAAACUGCUGAUGAGGUGAUCCAAGAAAUAGAUGACAUGAUGCAAGAGACUCCGUCAUCUGAGGGAGACAAUAUAAUCGAGUACAACGAAGCUUUGGAAAAGGGGAAGGAAGUUCUCAACUCUCCUCUUUAUGAAGACAAACUACGUCAUCUUUCCCUCGCUCAACUUAACGAGAUCUUCAUGGAACUUGAGGUGCUUAUUCGUGAAUUCUCCGAAACUCUAAUAGCCGAGCUGGCCCAUCGGGAUGAGCUAGAGUACGAGAAGGAGCUGAAGAACACGUUCAUAUCACUUCUGCUGGCCGUACAGAACAAGCGGAGACAGUACCACGUCGAGAAGAAGAAGAGGAUUGGCCCGCAACGAUCGCCUGCUCCGGGAAUCAACUCGGAAUCGAAGUAUCUGACCACCGUCAUACCGUUCCACCUACACAAUGGACCACCGGACAACCAGUCUCUCCAAGUGCUCAUUAAGAUUCUUAAGGCAAUAAAUGAAGACAGCCCCACAGUCCCGACACUGCUCACUGACUAUAUUCUGAAAGUUCUGUGCCCGACUUAAUCAAUUAAUUAGUUUAAAAAAUAAUUUGAUUUAAAAUCCUUUUAAGCUAGUCUUGAUUAUUGUUUUACUUCGUGUAAAAAAAUACUAGCCGACUGUUUCAUGAUAUAAAUCAAAUGCCUUAAAUUGUAUAAAAACUAUGAAUUGUGUCAAUAUUAUUUUUCUUAUAUUUUAUUUAUAUAAAUUUUAUCUCCUGGUUUAAAAAUUCGAAUAAUCACGCUGUAGUGCAAACUCACAAUAAAGAUGCGAUUUACCACCAAAAUAUUUUUAAGCAUGGCAAGCAGGUUGACUUUGAGGCGCUACGUGGCAACACUUCCACAGCUGUCAGUGCUGUCAUGCGUUAGAAUGCCAUAUUACGCGCUAUUUGGAAUCAUUUUAUAUUUCUACUUUUUUGCAUAAAUGAACUGUGAUAUUGUAUGUUAAUUUAAUUAAUUCUUUAUUAUUAAUGCUUCCUUUUUAGAAUUUAAUCUAUUUAAGUUGAAUCAUUAUUUAUUAUGUUUCCGUCAUUGAAUUGUACAUAAAGUAAUGGAAUUGUGAAGUGAAAAUUUAUGAAAAUGGUGCAAAGAGGCUUGUAAAUAAAUACUUUUUGUAGAUAUAGCUAAUUAUGUGUUCUACACCUUUCUCUAAUGCGACACAAAAUGGCCGAAUUCUAUACGAAUACAGAAAGCAAUAACUAGAAGCGGAUAUAUCAAACCUACUCUGUGUUGUAUAAACCUGUCAAUAAAAUAUACAAUCUGUGACCCAGAUCUAAAUAGGGUUCUUACAUUAGCUAUUUAGUUCCUUAACAGAAAUUAAGGCGAAUAUAUAAUUGAUAGCGCACCAAUGUUUCUAUAAACACACUUAACACUCGAAAAGAAACUAUACCUUAGACCCAUAAACAGCGUGUGGUCUGGUACAAAAGGUUGAUCACCUACUUUCCCAUUAAAGAUAGAGAAAUCUGAGGGCAACACUUGAGCGCCAUUGGUUUCUUUACUUGCUCGUACGGUAAAGGGAAUUCGGUAUGAAAGACACAAGAUAUGACCAUGACCUGCUUGAAACAAAAGUUAUUAAAAAAUAAAACCUUACCCAUAUAGAGGGGUUGUAGCUCCCGGUUUGUUCCUAAUUACGUAUAGAAUUUCAGCCAUUUAUUUUUUUAUUCAAUAAAAACGCUAUCUGCUAUUGUAUAAAUUUAAAUAAUCUCAAUAAUAAAGUUUGUGUGCCUGUUUGGCCAGUUUUAUUGUAAGUUUUGAAAGCUGUUUAAAAAUUAAAAAAUAGGUUCUAAUGCUUAUAUCUAGUCUCAACAGUUUUUAGUGAUAAUUUUGUUUUUCUGUACUUUGCUAAUAAUGUGUUAUGAAUUUAAUUUUAAUAAUUUUAAAUAUGUCAGCAAAGUAUAGAAUAUGAUAAUAUAAGUCGUAAGUUUUAAGAAUGUGAACUUUUUCAUUUAACAUUUUUAGGAGAGCUUUGUCGCACACUUGAACUAGUAGCCAACACCAAUUGUUGUCUGUAAUCUAUGGAAUGAAAGAAAUAAAUGUCUUAUAUUA